AUGGGCCUGAUAUGCGCACUUGUGUAUCUACUAGUGCUCGUGAGCUUCUUGCCUUUUGCUUUCAAGCAACAUAUCGUUGAAUCUACAUCUGGGAAUGGUGACAAGCAGCGCAUACUGGAGGAGGGCAGCGUUGAUAAUGGUCGAUUCCUGCAUCGCUUCCCACUUGAGAAGCUGGCUUCAUAUGGCUUCGCGUAUGCAACGCUUGCAUCCAUCACGAUCCUGGGUAUCCUGGACGAUCUGUUCGACAUGCGAUGGCGACACAAGUUCUUCAUCCCGGCUUUUGCAGCACUUCCAAUGCUGGCACUCUAUUUCGUCGACUUUGGCGUAACGCAUGUCAGUGUGCCGGUACCUUUACGUCAAUAUCUAGGAGUGGGAGAGUUGAUCGAUCUCGGUGGCCUAUACUACCUCUACAUGGGCGCUGUCUCGAUCUUCUGUCCGAACUGCAUCAACAUUCUUGCUGGAGUCAACGGCAUCGAAGUCGGACAAUCGAUCGUCAUAGCAUGCCUGAUCUUACUGAACGAUGUGUUAUACCUUUCACCAACAGUGCACCAGCCGCAUCCUGCGGCAGACUCACAUCUCUUCAGCAUCUAUCUUUUGCUGCCGUUCGUUGGUGUCUCAUUGGCACUCUUUCGGCACAAUUGGUUCCCAGCCAAAGUCUUCGUCGGAGACACUUACUGUUACUUCGCUGGCAUGGUUUUUGCAGUCGUCGGAAUACUUGGGCAUUUCAGCAAGACUUUACUCUUGCUGUUCAUCCCGCAAAUCUUCAACUUCAUCUACUCCGCGCCACAGCUAUUCAAGAUUGUACCCUGUCCAAGGCAUCGCCUGCCAAGAUUCAACGCAAGGACAGGACUACUAGAACCUUCAGUCGCGACAUUUACCGAAGACAAGCCGUUGAGACCGGUCGUCGGGGAAAUACUGAAGCUACUGGACAAGGCCAACAUCGUGCGUGUGGCUGUCGAUGACAAGAGCCGGGUGACUGAAACCAGCAAUUUUACGAUACUCAAUCUGUGGCUGGUUUGGAGAGGUCCUCUUCGUGAGGAUCGGCUGGCGAUGGAAAUCCUUGCCAUGCAGACUACGGUGGGUCUGCUGGGGCUGUGGGCUCGGCACAGUCUAGCCCUCCUGCUCUUCACGUCCGACAAUAGAUUCUGA